AUGCGCGCACCGCUCCUUUCCCUCCUUUGCUUGUUCGCCCCUCUUGUCGCCGCCGAUGUCACCAUCUAUGGUCUGUUUGGUCAAACGACCGCCGACGCAGCUACACUGCGAUCUGGGACUGCGACACCAGUCGCGUCGACGACGUCCUUUGUGACGACCCCGGGGCCCCCUCAGUACACCGAGCUCGCGGCGUACAAUCCCAUAUAUAUGGAGCCGCCCCCGAUUCCCAGCCCGGCACCCCCGCUGCAGUUCUCCAUCGGAGUACCCUCGAGUGCGCAGCUCAUGAAUGCCCUCUCUAUACCCCAGCAUGGCACUUUCUUUGGCUUUUCCAUCGAAAUGUCCGUCGCCAACCAGCUGAGUGAGACGACCCUCUUUCCGCAAUUUCUCAACCUCAUGAACACCGUUGCACAAAGGGCAGGCGCGGUUCACAUACGUGUCGGCGGUAACACACAGGAGACCGCCUUCUUGGUGGAGUCGCUCCCCGACGGAGCGAUGAUUGAGAAGGAUAAAGAGGACGCGUCCAAUCCUACAUCGACGCCAGUUCUGGCGUUCACGCCAGAACUGCUAUAUAUGAUGGCCAACGUCUCCAGUCUCAUCAAUGCUAGAUGGUAUCUCGGCAUCCCCUUCAACGACACAUCGGACUUCCGCUUCCAAAUUGCCGAACAAGGGGAGGCUAUCCUGGGAGACAACCUUCUCGGGUUCCAGGCGGCGAACGAGCCUGACCUAUAUGCGGCCCACGGACACCGUCCAUCCACCUACGGCCCGUUUGACUUCUUCGGCGAGUACGCCCUCCUGACGCAGGCGUACCAGAACGACUCGGCUAUUCCGGUAAAGAACAACCUGAUCGCGCCGAGCGUUUCGGGCACCUGGACGCCCGAGGAAGUGUGGAAUACCGGGUUUGUGGACUCGUACACGCAGUACCUGGGCUCUCUAUCCGUCGAAAGAUACCCCACGGACAACUGCGCGGUCGUAUUUCCCAACCCGGACAACCCGCCACACGACCCGCUGCAGGAGCUCCCGCAGUACCUAACGCAUCAGGCGGGCAUCGACAUCGUGCAGGCGUACCUAAAUUCGACAAUGCUCGCACAGACGUGGAACAAGCCGUUCCUCAUGUUCGAGACGAACACCGCGUCUUGUGGCGGGUUCCCGGGCAUCAGCGACACGUUCACGUCCGCUCUGUGGGGCCUCGAUUACGCUUUGCAGAUGGCGAACAGCAAUUUCACCGGCGCGCUAUUUCAUUUUGGUGGUCAAAACGUGUCGUAUAACCCCUUCACCGCGGUGCCCACCAACCAGUCUGCCUUCCACCAAUGGACCGUCGGCCCGAUCUUCUAUUCGUCCCUCUUCGUCGCCGAGGCGCUUGGCCAGACGAACACGUCGCAAGUGAAAGACCUCUUCCCGAACGACGGCAACGACCAGACACCCGCAUACGCGAUCUACGAAAACGGCGAUCUCGCGCGGAUGGCACUCAUCAACUACAUGACCGACCCAACCGGCGCCCACGACUACGUCGCCACGAUCUCCAUCGGCGGCUCCAACUUCAGCGAGGCCAACGGCGUCCCUUCCUCCGUACAAGUCAAAUAUCUCCGCGCGCCCUCCGUCUCCGAGAAGGACAACAUCACCUGGGCCGGGCAGACGCUCGGCCCCCGCUUCGGCGCGGACGGCACCUGGAAGGGCGCCGAGAGCGUCGAAACGGUGCAGUGCGACCAGACGCAGAACACCUGCGAUAUCACGGUGCCCGCGCCUGGCGCGGCUCUCGUCUUCUUCUCGGACGCGGCGCAGCAGCUGGCGGACGGCCCGGCGUCGACGCAGACGUUCGCGACGUCAAUCGUGACGCAGACGGUGAACACGGUGACGGUCGAUGCGUCGGUGCUCGCGACGUCGAACGGGCAGGGGGGCAAGAACGCGCAAGUUGCUUUGGGGGGUACGAGCCAGGGCGGCGCGAAUGGCGCGUCGACUCUGAGGGCGGUGGGUGGUGGGGCUGCGGCGUUGGCGUGUGUGCUCGGCGGUGCCGCGGUGUUCGCGCGAGCGUUCUGGUGA